GAAUUUGCCACCAAGAUUAGUCAAUCAGACGGUGUCUGAAGAUAUUUUUAUUAAAUGCAGACGAGCUUUCCCAUGUCAUGAAUCCUUCUUUCAAGUCAGUAAUCAAUUCAAAAUGAAACCCAUCGUCACACGAUCGGGAGUGGAGAAAGGAAGAUUUGUUGUAAACGGGCGCGUUUUCGACGCCUGGAGCGAUUCCGAGAGGAUUUUAGCUGCUUAAUCAGAAAGUAACGUUUUAUGAUGGGCGCAGAUCGAGUGAAACAUAUUUCGCCAGAGGAAAAUACCGAGAGAAGAAAUAGGUUCCUUAUUCGUAACGUUCACCGUUCUACCUGGUGGCUAUCUCCCACCUGACGGACCGCAAGAACUCUUCCCACAUCGGAGAAGUAAAACUCUCGGACGUUUUCUGAUCUCCAACAGUUCCGAACUCGUUCUCGUCGACGUGCGAACUCGUUAAACCCAACUGGCAGCUCAACCUCUUCCUGAUCUCUCGCCUCUUCUCAAUUACGGGAAGCAAGGAAGGAAGAAAGGAAGGAAGACGCGCUGCGCUGAAUUCAAUGCUAGUGUCUUAGAAGGCGCGCAGAAGAAUUUUUUCCGCGCCAUUAGAUGAGAACACGAUACUGAUAAGAUCGAAGAAGUCGAAACAAACGAACGUCAUCUUCACAUUCUGAUCUUAGCGAGAUAAUUAAAAGAAAGGUGAAUCUCAUUUUCAUUUACAAGGAUUGUAAACAACUGAUAUUGAAAGUACCCGUAAAUUAAUACAGAAAAUUCUGAUGUACCGAAAUUGGUGAAAUUCAAAGAAGAAUAGGUGCUUCGUCGUGGUGUGAACGUCGAGAUUGAGAGCCAGAAAGAAAAUUAUUUUCCGCGAUGAAGCGAAAAUAUUUGUGCGCUCUAUGGACCGCGUUGAUACUACGGAUGGACAUCUUCAUAGCUGCUGAAGUCGAUCCUGCAAUUUUAAAUCCCGAUUUGCCGUCUUUUCAACAGGGUCGCAUUGUGCACGAUCCGCGACCUCGUCUCUCGGUUUCUCAGCAAGCCCAGAUAUUGAGUGAUGUGCAACAACAUCAACAACAAUAUCGACGUCCCACGCAAGAUUCUAAAAACUCACGGGUAACGUCUUUUCCCCAUGAUCAAGUACAAUCCAGCACGCCGUACGCUUCCUUGGCUAAAUAUAAGGUCGAUCGAACAAAGCAACAGCAAUUGCAGCAAUUGCUACAACAACAACAGCAGGUGCAACAACUUUUACAACGACAACAGCAAAAGAUCGCUCAGCAAUUUAGUACUUCGAAUUUAGUGAACGGUGGUUCAAUUCAGACACCGCAAUUUCAACAGCAACAAUAUAAUAAUGGCCAGUACAACCAGAACGGCUUUCAAAAUCUUCAUCAAGAUUUGUCCCAACCACUGUUUAGCGAUCAACAGACGUUGCAACUGCAAGAAUAUCUCGAGAAACAACGCGAGCUGGAACUAUUACAAAAGCAACGACAGCAAUUAUUGUAUGAACAGCAAGAAUUGCGCAGGCAGCAAGAGCAGCUCCGACUUGAGCAAUUAAAGAAGCUCACGUCCACUACGGCACCUCUAUCAACUGCGACAUCGGCCCCGAUUGUUGUCAGCACAACUUCCGCGCCGUUACUGCUGUCUUCGCCAAAAGCACGACGAAUCACACCAUCGGAAGCAGAGCUUUUUCUUAAGGCAAUUGCUAAUCAUCAGAAAAAAUAUACAACAACAAUACCAACAACGAGUACAACGACCACUACUACUACAUCUUCGCCAGCCAAACGUCUAAUAAACUCCAAAACUCGCCAGGAGAUACCGGAGAAUCUACUCAGUUUUAUUCAGGACCAAGAAAAUCGUUUGGCGCAGCAGGACAAACUGAAACCGCAGAUCAAAGUGAUCUAUCAGACUGAUAAACCUAAUUCUACGCCACAAACUUCCAGCGGUAAAAGCAGAAACUCCCAACAAUCCGCGGUUUCUGAAAGGGAAUUGUUGCUAAAGCAGCUCAAGCUCGCUCUAGCUCAAUCCGGCGAUGAUGAUGACAUCGUCAGAAAUGUUACUACCAGAGAUCUGAUAUUGCCGAACGGCAAAAAGAUUCAGGUUAUUCAUGCGCCGAACAGCUUGUCUUCCAUUGCACCGUCGAUCGGCAGUUCAACCGUUCAGACAUCAGUUCUGCUACCCUCGACGACAACUACCAUCAAGCCGCCGAAGGCAAUCUUUGAAGAGUUGACAAAGGGUGGUGUGUUGCCACCUGGCGCCGAUUUCGAGAUUAUCCGACAGAAAAGCGAUGGAAAACUCGAGGAAAUCGGCAAGACACCGAUCAUUCAGAAUCCGGGGAAGAAGGUCACGUUUGUCGUGUUAGAGGAACAAUCGGAUGGCAGUUACAAAGUGCAGGGUAUCAAAGGCAACGCCAAUGAUAAGGAAAGCGGCACUGAUGUCGAGUCCAUCGUUGAGAGAAUAAAAAAAGGCGAGCUGAAGCUACCACCCAGUUCGUUUGUAUCGACUACUCAGCCCUCUACGCUCGAACAUUUUGAGUCCAGCUUUGAUCCAAAUUUAGUAUCGACUGAUAUAUCCAGAACAUCCUUUCAAUCUGUUAGCACUACGGCGGCGACCUUCAGACCUACCACUCUUAGAUCCACCUCAAAACAUAGCGAAAGCAAGUCAACAACAACGGAUUAUUUUCCUUAUGUUACGGUAUCAUCAAACUCAGUGUCCACAACUGAUAAAUACGUGACCUCAGCAUCUAGUGUCACCGGCCACAUAUACAACACAUUAAAUCCCAGCCCAACCAAGACGAGCUUGUCAGACCACAUUCCGCGUGUGACCACCAAGUAUUCAUCAUCCACUAGAGGCCAAUUUAUUCCAACGAUGGCACCGGUGAACGAAAUCGUGACUACAGUGACGCCGACAACCUCUUACAUACAUUUUUCUAGACAUUCGCCAACAGAGGCCUCGUCAACAUUGAGAGCAUCAUCUCACAGCACCUUGCAAUCUAAUUCGCAGAACAGGAAUAUCGUUUCUCAGGAAAAGGACUAUGAAAGGACUACUGUGUUGCCUUCGACGAAAAUUCUGUCAGAAAGUUUAGCCACGUUGCUGAGGAGAGAAGGUCUUUUCGCUAUGGCAAAGUAUCUGAGGCAAUCAGGAUUGGAUAAUGUAUUGAAUGAAACUGGUCCAUACACUGUAUUCGUCCCUACAGAUAAGGCAUUCAGGACGUUAUUAGUACAGCUGGGAGGACCAGAGAAAGCUGAGGAGAAGUUCCAUGAUAAUCCAAGACUCUUAAGUGGGCUCCUCCUUCAUCAUGUUAUACCAGGAGCUUUCAGGAUUGACUCUCUGCAAGACGAGAUGACCGGUGUCAGUCUCGCUGGGACGCAAUUACGAGUCAAUGAGUACGCCAUGCAGGAUCACGAGUGGAAUGAUAUAAAAGUAACGACGAUAAACGGGGCACGCGUCGCACCCAACAAACGGGAUAUCGAGAUUCCUCAAGGCAUUGCUCACGCUGUCGACAGGGUCAUGUUCCCGCUUCCGGUUGGAGAUUUGGUGCAGACUCUGCAAGCCGAUCGUGAGAGGAGAUUCACCAUGUUCCUCAGAAUGCUUCAUGUAUCAGGCCUAGAGGACACGCUCGCGGGACCGAAGGCAUUCACUAUCUUUGCACCGAUCGAUUCCGCUUUCACCGAUGCAUCUGUGAAGAAUGGCGUGCCAAUCUGGACCGAAGAAGACGGUGCGGAAGCAGCAAAGGCUAUAAUCUCGCGGCAUGUAAUUCCUACAACUCUUUAUACAGCGGGUAUGAGAUAUUACAUUCAAAAAGAUACCCUUCGUCCGCAGUCACCAGUUCAUAUUCACAAAAACGGUGGGCGAGUACGAGUAAAUGAGGCACACGUUGUAACUCAUAAUGUGCCAGCAACGAAUGGAGUGUUACACGCUAUUGAUGGAAUUUUGUAAAUUUCUGUGGUUUGAAUGAUGAGUAUGAAUCAAUGAUAUCGAAUUGCAGCGUAGAUUGCAAUCAUGUAAGUGAUAUCAUUUAUUGUAACAUUAUAUAUUUAAUGUAACAUUUAUGUACAAUUUUUUGAAAAAAAUAUGUAAGAUGGACAUAACUUUUUUUACAUAAGUGUGAUGGAGAAUACAUAUAGAUUAUAUAAGCGGUUGGUAUAACCAUGCUUGCAUAAAUAUAUGCUCGACCCACGUUGCAAUUGGAUUUAUUCAUAAAUAAAUUAACAAAUUAUGCCAUAGGUAUCGCGAAAUUUGAUGAAAAAGUAACGAGACCUUACUUUUAACAUUGUAUAUGUACACAUAUUAAUUUAUAUACAAUAAGAUAGAUGUGUGCACACACACGCGCGCGCGCGCGACACACACACACACACACACAUACACACACACAUAUAUAUAUAUAUAUUACAGUGGUUCAAUGUACUCGUGCCACGUGCAUAAGAAUACAGAGAAUUAAUCACUAUUGUAUAGAAUGGUAAUGCGAUACUGUGAAUGUACUUAGCAUCUUAUUUGUAGUUUGUAUUAUUUUAUAAAUAAAUGUACAGAAUUUAU